GUGAUGGGAAAUCACACGCCUCCCAACUCCCAGAUAAAAAGAGGAGGAGGACUUGUUUUGCACUUUCUUUGUCACUUCAAUCAAGAUGAAAGGCAGCAUUGUCGUUGGACUUUUGUGCACACUUGUCUGCGAAGUGGCCACACUCUCUUGCUACCGCUGCCCACUUGAUACCGAGUUCCAGAACUGCAACCAAACCAAAGACUGUCCAAGAUCAUGUGCCAGCAUAACCGAAGCAUUACAUGAAGGUGGUACAGAAAUAGUGCGCUAUCAAAAGUGCUGCUAUGAGCCGGAUCACUGCAUCGCUGGGUCAUUAAACCUUGGAGUUUCUAAGAGGAGAAUCAGCAUCGAAUGCUGUGACAAAGACCUGUGCAAUACUAAAAAAACUCCAGAGUUUAACACAGAUAAUACUCCUAAUGGGAAGACAUGUUUCACCUGUGAAGACAAUGACUGUACAAAAUCCAUGUCUUGUGUCGGAAAUGAGGACUAUUGCAUUAAAACAACAACCGAGUCGGAUGGGCAGAUAACUAUUAUGAAGGGAUGUGCCUCCGGGACUAUCUGCAAAGGAGACGUAUCUGGUCUGAUAAACUCUAAGGUGGAGUGCUGUGAAGGGAACCUGUGCAACAGGCCCAAGGGUGGGAGGGCACAGAUUGCCCUUAUCCUGGUGGGGUCUCUUCUCUCUGUUGUGAUCAUCAUUCUGGGUGGUGUGCUUCUAGGACUUCAUAUCAGGUCACGGAACAAAUGUAGCUACUGUUCCACAAGUUCCAUGGAAAUGCCUUACAUAGAUAAAUGAAUACAGAGACGGUUGAAAAAGCGAGACGAUUCACAGGAGGCUUCUUCCUGUUCCCCUAUGACGUAGGGUUCGAACGCGCCACGCCUUUUUAGGAGACUAGCAGGAGAUUUUUUUACAGUGUAGCUAUGGAAGAAAUCUAUAAAUGAAUUUUUGUUCUAAAGCCGAAGGAACGGACAAUUUCACUGCAUUCUUUGCAUUAGUAAUCAUAUGCAUGUGGCAAAUAAACAUCCUUGUAUCCUUGUGUCAUGUUUUUGAGUUGUAAAUAAACUGUAAGUUGUAAAGUUGGAAACUGUAAAUUGUAAAUAAAUUGUUUAAAUGGUCA